UCCAGGCUUGUUUAAUGGUUGUCUCUGAGGAGGGUUGUUAACAGCGUGUGGUGGAGGUGAACAACAUGACCUCUCUGGAGACCUGGAAGACUUUUGAACCUGAGAGCUACUACAAGAGCUUCCUGGAAAAGAACAAAAGACCAGAUGGCCGGGGACUGAUGAAGGUUCGACCCAUCACCAUCAAGAUUGGAACAGUAACAACAGCUGAGGGUUCUUCCACAGUUCGGGUGGGACAUACUACUGUUAUGUGUGGCAUAAAGGCAGAAAUAGCCACCCCAGCUCUCAGGAACCCAGAUGAAGGCUUUAUUGUACCUAAUGUAGAGCUGUACCCAUGUAGCUCUCCCAAAAUUAAAAUGGGACCACCUGGAGAGAAGGCCAUGGGCACUAGUCAAUUCCUAAAAAAUGUUUUGCACAGUUCAGGAGUGCUGGACUUAAAGGACCUUUGCAUUGUCCCCAACAAGCUUGCCUGGUGUCUCUACUGUGAUGUAGCUUGUAUAAACUAUGAUGGCAACUUGUAUGAUGCAGCACUGACAGCAAUUAUGGCAGCUUUACAAAAUGUGAGGUUACCAGUGGUUUCAUAUGAUGCAGAAAAUGACAAAACUUCUGUUGCUUCAGAAAGAACUCUCCCAUUAAUGAUAAAGGCCAAGCCAGUAUCAUCAACCUUUACCAUAUACAGUGACGGUAUACAGCUAAUGGAUCCUACAGCAGAAGAUGAAAGCCAGGGGAGUGGCGAAGUUGUUGUGGUGCUCUUGGAAAAUGGUUCCCUGUGCACCACACACAAGCCUGGUGGUCAGCUCAUCCUACCCAACAUCCUGGAUGACUUUGUUAAACUUGCUAAGAAAAGAGUUAAGGUUGUUAACAAUUUAAUUGAUAGAGUCCUUACUGAAAGAAUGGACACCUCAUAGUGUCAAAUGUUUACCAGUUGAAAUAGUACAACUCUGUUAGUGAUAUUUUAUUUGUACUUUUGAUAAACGGUAAGUGUAUCUCGUGACAAUUCAAAACUAAAUGCUACACACCUAUACCAGAGACCUUCAUUAUUCUUUAAAAUUAGCAUUUAGUUUUGAAUUGUCAAAAGAUAUAGUGAUUGAUAUAGGUGGGAUUUGUUUCUUGUGUAUAGCAGACACAGCAACAUACAUAUUUGUGGAUAAUAUUUGAAUUAAACUUCACCUAGAAAGGAGAAACGACUGUAUUAAACUUCUUAAAACAAAGUUGAUAUAAAGAAAUAA